CCCAAAACAGCAUCAUUUAUUCAGAGUUCAGAAUUCAGAUAGAAGCUGCGAAAGCACACCGCGCCUCCAAAUCGGAAAGGCUAGCACCCCACGAGGAGGAAGAGCAGAGGAGAUGGCUGGCGAGAUGAGCUGGGUGGGCAAGAAGAUCCACCUCUACAACGUCACCAUGGGCCUCUACAUGCUCGAUUGGUGGGAGCGCUGCCUAUUCAACAUAUUGGUGCUGAUCCUGCUCUGGUUCAUCUGCUUCAACGGCUCACGCUUCGCCACCGACGUCUUCGAGAGCCAUCUGAAGGCUAGGAUUAUGGAGGGCGGAAACUUCGGCCUAGGAAUUGGCAUGCCCUCCUCCUAAGCCUGUCCUAAGCCUGCAGUGACAAACGAAGAAAAAGUGAAAUCAGCCGGUUCUGUAAUUUGAACGCAGUUAAAGUAACCUAGCACUGUAGUUUUGUGAAAUAGUUCCAAUAUGUAAGAUGCUUACAGUCAUGAUUGUUUUGUUAUUCUCGCACUGUGUGUAGCCAUUAUUUUGACUGCACGUUAUCGCAUACUGUAUUCAUGCUGUAAAAUCAUUUCCUCACUAUAAGACAUCUCAACGCA